CGCGGAGAAUAUCGACCCUGCCUUCUAAUCCCGCAUCCAUGUGUCUCUGCGCUACCCGGAGCUCAAUACAGCAGCGAGACGGCAGUUCUGGAUGCAGUUCCUUGGUGAUGCAUAUGUCAGGGGAUUCUCGAAUGAAGAGCGUGACAAGACGGCGGAGAUGGCGUUGAACGGUAGACAGAUCAAGAACGUGCUUAGGACUACCCACCUUUUGGCGAGGAAGCAGGAGGCGAAACUUGCUUAUUCACAUGCCCAGACGAUUCUGAUUUUGAAGGGAUCUGGUUCGGUGUCGGCUGGAGACAAUUGAAUGUGCGGUUAUUUAGCUAGGUUAUGAUAGAUUGGAGCAUACAACGCUAUUCCCAUUUACCGUUCACCAUGUGGAGAAUUUGACAAGGUGCGCCGUGGAAAAUAUGUAAUCAGCUUCCUAGUAUCCCAUAAACAGUUAAACACGGAUGACUCGGUUCGGG